AUGACAGCUGGCUCUGUCUCGGCUCCUCAGGUCAUACCACUUCGAAUUCCUCUUCCAGGGAAGACUAAACAUGAAAUAGACACAAAUACUCUCAUAGAAAUGAAAUCAGAUGGGAGUAAGCCAGAACUCGUUAGGAAACCUGGCUAUGGAGAGCACAACACUUUUAAGUACAAGGGUCCUAUCGUAUUACCGGUUGGGAAAAUAAUGGUCAAGGCACUGGCAGUUACAAAGGACUGCAGGGAGAGCACAGUUGUAACAAAGGUGUUUCUGGUAGAGUACAAGCAACCAAACAUCCUCUUCUCUGUUGAAGACAAUGGCAAGAAUUUCCUAAAAGAUAUCGCCACACAGGAGAGGGAAGGUGGGAUGUUUACUACAAAACCAAAGCAGAAUGGAGUGAAUGUGGAAAUCAAGCCUGCUUGGAGUGAAGCACCCCAAGAUUUUCAGGACUUGGAAACAGGAAGAAAGACUGCUCACAGGUCCCUGCAAGGACCACAGCUCCUUGCCAGACAUUUGGAAACAACAGAGUGCAGAGAAGAAUCCAUCUCAGCACCACCGCUAGGGUUGUUACAGUUUGCCAGUUCUUCUGCAGCAACUAGCCGGAAAAGCUUAGCAAGCACACAGGUGGCAAGGAUCCAGAGGGAAACAGAUUUCCUCAAAUGUCCACAUUGUUCUGCACCUCGCCUGUCUGACCCCUUGGCUCACUUCUGUCAAGAAUGUGGAUCUCCUAUCCCACCUGUGCCAGUACGUCGCGUCCCACCCCCUGAAGGAGCACAGAUGGCACCAUGUCUUGAAUGCAGACACCUUGUGCCUAUGAACACACCCAGUUGCAUUGUAUGUGAGUCGCCAAUAGCUCCACAGCUGCAGCCCCAAACUGACAUCUGCGUAAAGGGCAAAGUAAUUUGUCAGGCGUGUGGCACAGGAAAUCCUCUUCACCACAAACACUGUGUGACUUGUGAAAGCAAACUGCCUGAAAUACCGAUGCGCCUGUUUGGAGGAGACACCCCCCUGCUUUACCACAGCCAGGAAAGGAAUACAGUUUUGUGCUCCAAAUGCAAUCAUGUUAACCAAUGUGAUGCCCGUUUCUGUGACUGGUGUGGAGCCAAGCCUGGACCUCCUCCGUCCUACUUCAGUUGUUUCAAGUGUGGUACAAGCAACCGUCCAUACGCUCGUUUCUGUGGAUCCUGCGGUGCUUACAUCGAGCCCCCAUCAAGGGUGGGUUCUCGGAGCGGCAGUCCCAUGGAUGCUGGGGGCUUGCUGGGGUUUGCUGAGGCUAAAUGGUUUCAAGCUCCAGUUGCCUGGCAGCCCAAAUCAAGGGCAGAACUGAAAGAAAGAGAAGAUAAAGGAACCCAAACCAUUGGCCUUUUUUAUCCCUCUAGCAAACUGUUGGAAAAGAAGGAGCUUGAGCUGAUUUCACGAAAAGAAAAGCUGGAAAAGAUGAGUGACCGUAAGCCUCUCCUGACAGCCAUUAGUCCUGGAAAAGGUUACUGGAGAAAACAGCUGGAUCAUGUCUGUGCUCACCUUAGAAGCUACGCUCAGAAUAACCUUGGAUUCAGAGCACUGAUUGGAGAACCUCGAAUGGGAAAGAUUAAUUCUGCUGCCAUCCAUGAGGAUGACUGUGAAGUCACGAUUACACUGAAUUACGCUCUCGCUGUGAACAAGGACAUCCAUACUAAUAAACCAGUGAAGUUCAGCAGUCAUUACCCGAAUACUGUAACAGAAGUCAGAGAUGGACAGGAUGGCAGUCAGACUAGUCUUGGCAGAGAUGAUAAUAACCUUUUCCAUUCAAGAGGCAAAAUAAAGAGAACAAAGUCAAGAACACUUACAGAAAAAGAGGAUCAGCUCCCCACAGAGUCCAGACAACUACUGGACGAAUUGGGUCCACAUGGGAAAGGAAGAAUUGCCUCGGUAGAACAAUUGCUCAGUGAAGGAGCUGACCCAAACUCCAUCAGUGAUGAGGACCGACCUGCUCUCACAGUUGCUGUCCUCAACAAGCACGUGGAAGCAAUCUCCCUUCUCGUGCAGAAAGGUGCUGACAUUGACCAGCAGUCAGGACUGGACAACACUGCUCUCCAUGAGGCAGUUCUGCUUGGACUGGAGGGAGAGGAGUGUGUCCAAGUCCUGUUGCGCUGCAAUGUAAGCAUUAAAAAGAAGAAUGCAAAAGAGCAAUCAGCAUAUGAUUUGGCUGUGACAGCUGGAAAUAAUGAAGUCAUUUCAUUGUUCGCAAGUAAGCUUGGACAGUGA